AUGCCCCACAUCGUCGCCAACACGCUCGCGCCGAAGGCCGUGGCUGGUCUGCGGCGGCCGCUGGCAUCGCGCGCCGCUGCACUCUCCUACAGCGGCAAGGUUUUCCCAGCUCCGAGGCCGGCAACUCUGCUUCGUGCCGUCAUUGAUGGCGGGGCUGGGGUCAUCGACAAGGUGGACUCGGACACGGUCAAGGAGAAGGACUCGCGCACAUCCAAGCGCCACAGCCCGAUUUACAAGGUGCUCCUGCACAACGACGACGUCAACCGGCGCGACUACGUGGUCAAGGUCCUGAUGAAGGUCGUUCACGAGCUCACCAUGGACGACGCGGUGAUGGUCAUGGAGGAGGCGCACCUGUCGGGGGUUGCUCUGGUGACGGCUUGCGCUCAGGAGACGGCGGAGGAGUACUGCGAGGGGCUGCGUGGCAACGGGCUGAUCUCGACGAUCGAGCCCGACAGCGGGUCCGGCGGGUCGUGGGGCGGCGGUCCCGACGACAACUGA